CGGCUUCGGACUGUGUUGAAUACCGAUGUGAUGGUAAUGUAUGAUGCUCGUUGCUUGUUAGGAGACAGACAUCACUAGAACCGAAUUUGAUCGACAAGAUGAGUAGCAUUACCAAAGUUACAAUCGCAGGGGCUACUGGCAACGUAGGCCCAACGGUAGUAAAACAGCUCCUCGCAGACGGUUUUGAAGUCACCGUACUUGCCCGCAAAGGAGCCACGAAAACUUUCCCGCCCUCAGUAACUGUUGCUGAAAUCGAUUACGAGUCACCCGAGUCACUUGAGAAAGCUCUCAGUGGCCAAGACGCGGUUGUAUCAACCGUUGGCUUCGAGGGAUUGCCAUACCAAAUCCCUCUAAUUCAAGCAGCGGUUAAAGUUGGCAUCAAGCGCUUUAUCCCCUCGGAAUAUGGUGGAGAUGCGGAGAAUGAGAAGACUCUUAGCUUACCUCCAUUCCAAGCGAAGAAGGCUGUCACCGAACUCCUGAAGAAGGAGGCAGUGGCUGGUUCUAUAACGUACACGCUAAUAUCCACCGGGCCUUUCUUGGAUAUGGGGCUCCAGUACGGUUUUCUCAUCGACGUCAAGGGCAAGAACAUUACACUUUGGAAUGGCGGUGACAGGCCUUUCAGCAGCAGCACUAUCUCAUCUACCGCCAAGGCCGUGUCGGAGGUGCUUAAGCACCUUGAGGAGACCAAGAACCGCAAUGUUUAUGUGAACAAUGUACAAAUUUCCUUGAAGAAGCUCCUUGAGCAGGCCAAGAAAGUGGUUGGAUCAGACGGAUGGAAGUCAGAAGUCAAGUCUACCGAUGAGAACCUCAAGCAAGCCUACACAGAGCUCGAGAAGGGCAAUAACGACAGAAUGGCUUUUAUAGCUUCAGCGGUAUGGGGAGAAGGAUACGGUGGCGACUUCAAGAAAGUAGAUAACGAUUUGCUCGGCGUGAAGGAAUUCAGCGACGCAGAGCUCCAGGAUUUUAUAAAGGGUUAUGCAAAUUAGGCUUGGUAUGUGUAUUUGUAUAACCAGCCAUAGGCUAGCAUGUGGCAUGGGUAGGGAUUAAUGAAAAGGGUCAUCAUAGGCAAGAUUAUGUUAGGUAAACGAGGUCUUGAAAACGAAUAUGUAUCCCUAGUAGCCCCUAAAAUAUCAUAAAUCAUGUACAUUCAGUCAUGCACAGUUGUCAAGAUCCAAGUAAGCAUAUGUAACAGUAUGUUUUACUAAUGUUAUUAAUUCGAACUAUCGUACAUAGGUAGACUAGAUAAAUGGCCUUGUAUGAACGCCUAGCUAAGUACC